AUGGACCCACCUUCAGCACACGUUCAGCAGCAGUGGAAGGACAAGCUCAUCGGCAAGAAGAUCGUUGACUCGCCCUCGGACCACCCUGAGGACCUCCCGCAAGGCCCACAGGCCCAUCGUGUCAUCCCACCUGGAAGUAUGGUCACAAAGGACUUCCGGCCCAGCAGAAUGAACGUCCAUGUUGACGACGAGGGAAACUGCACCCAUAUCAACUUCGGUUAG